AUGUCACAGAACAACAAGAACAUCAAGGCAGAUGAGGGCCAACAGCUGCCAAGAGCUCAGAGAGCGCGGUUCUCAUCAACUUCUCUUGUCAAGACCCUAACCGCUGUAUUUUCUGUUGCUCUCCUUCUCUGGAUCUUUCGACGACCAUUUGUCGGGGGCUUUACCUACAACCCCGAAAUCCAAGCAGCUGAGAAGGGAGACCCGUUGGCUAAGCCUUCAUUCAAGAGUCCAAAUAUCAAUUCUCCUAACAGCAGAUGCUCCCUACCUACCACGCGCUACGACAUCCAGACUGGCAUUACGGCUUGCUAUCCUUCUUCCGGCGGCAUCUGGCUUGCAGAUUUAGGGCCCGUGGAGCUACAAUACCUGGGCAUCAAUCGUUUCGAUUCCACUGAGCGAUCCUUGAACAAAGCCGAAGAAGACCACUUCUGUCACGAGCUACGAAAGUUUGGUGGUGCUUGGUACAACCCCAAGUCGCCUGAUGAUCUUUGGGUUGGCGGAGAGUGCAGUGAGCUUGAUGAAUUCGAACCUGUUUUCUCAAUUGAACGCCGAGUUGCAUUUCCAGAAAAGGGAGGUGUGUGGGUUCUAGGUAGAGAUGAGAAGACUGUCAGAUUUCCGCUUGGAAUGGCUGGUGUCCAAAAUUCAUUGACAAUGGAAGAGCGCUCGAUGGCGUUGGAAAAACUGGGUGCAGAUUACUGUGACGAUGUUGCGGAGUGCCCUCUACUAGAUGACCUCAAGAAGGAACCAUUCGACCUUGCCGAUGGCCUAGACAUUUGA